CUCUUCCUUCUUCACAACGCAUUUUUGUUUCCAAACUGUCAAAGCUUUCAAUCGCAGAAAACAACAACCCUAUUAAAAAAAAAAAAUCCAUUGGUACGACACGCGUCUACAAGGAGUCAUGUCACCUGUCGCAAUGGAACUAUCCAGUUAUCGAGGUAAAGUAGACUGAGCAAGCAUCCGGGUGUUUGAUCUGCUGUAUCAUGCUGUCUCUUCUUUCUUUCUAUUCACAUGUUGAUGAUCGAUUCAUUCGACAUGUCAACUCAGUUAAUAGCAUUGGAGAAGAGACAACAUGCUGGGGCGGAUUGAUCUGAGAAAUACCGGCGAACUUGAUCUGGAUAAUACCAGCGAAAGGAUCUGCUUCUUGGGCUUCCCCUGUUCUUCCUAUACCUUUUUGCGCAGACUAACCCACGUAGCUCUUUGCUCGAUCAUCCAAAAUGUCGACGGAUAAGAUUACGUUCUUGACCAACUGGCACGCGACCCCGUACCACGCACCACUGUACCUCGCUCAAGCGAAAGGAUAUUUCAAGGAAGAGGGCAUCAAGGUUGCUCUCUUGGAGCCCAACGACCCUAGCGAUGUUACUGAGAUCAUCGGAUCUGGUAAAGUGGACCUCGGAUUCAAAGCAAUGAUUCACACUCUUGCUGCCAAGGCCCGUGGCUUCCCUGUCGUCUCCAUCGGCAGCCUGCUUGACGAGCCUUUUACUGGUGUCAUCUAUCUCAAGGAGUCUGGCAUCACCACUGACUUUCGCUCCCUCAAGGGCAAGCGCAUUGGCUACGUGGGCGAGUUUGGCAAAAUCCAAAUCGACGAACUCACCUCUCACUAUGGUCUCACUCCAGAGGACUAUACUGCCGUUCGCUGCGGAAUGAACGUUUCCAAGGCCAUCAUCACCGGCGAAAUCGACGCUGGUAUUGGCUUGGAGAAUGUUCAGAUGGUUGAGCUCGAAGAAUGGCUCGACAAGCAGGGCCGCCCCAAGACAGACGUCCAGAUGCUCCGCAUUGAUGAACUCGCCGAAUUGGGCUGCUGCUGUUUCUGCACCAUCCUUUACAUUGGCAACGAGUCCUUCAUUGAGCAGAACCCGGACAAGGUCCGCGCGUUCCUCCGUGCUGUGAAAAGGGCCACUGACUUUGUGCUUGCUGAGCCGAGCAAGGCCUGGGCCGAAUACAUUGACUUCAAGCCCGUCAUGGGAACUGAGCUGAACCGCAAGAUGUUUGAGCGCAGCUUUGCAUACUUUUCCAAGGACUUGAAGAACGUGCAGCGUGACUGGAACAAGGUGACCAAGUAUGGACAGAGGCUCGGCGUCCUCGAUGCCCAGUUCAAGUCCAACUACACCAAUGAGUUCCUCAGCUGGGAGCUCGAGGCCGACUCUCAAGAUCCGACCGGCGACCAGAAGCGCAUGGUUGAACUGCAGUGCGACGUUGCCUGUCGAGGCGGCUUCCGUCGACUCCCGCCUAUCAUCAAGGCCUAAAUGGAUCAGACGGCCUUUAGCCACUUUGGCUGAGCAUAUGCGUGGUUGCGUCCUCGCUCGUUGUAGACGCAUGCAGAUCUGGCACCUCUACGUUCAUUGCUGCCUCGGGUCAUUCUUUUAGCUGUAUAGCUCUACUGAAGAAAAUAAAAAUCAGAUGCCAGACAUAAAG